AUGAUACAAAAAUUCUCCCGCUUCGUCAACACAGGCAGCGGUCUGGAAAAGACCCUCCGUCUGAUCCAAUGCGUGUCGCAGGUUGUUGCAGCGCUCACCGAGAGCAGUGCCCUGGCCGUGCAAUUGACGACCGUUAAGUUGCAAUUGGCCCUGACGCGGAGAUACUUCCGCUUCUUCGGAUUCAUUGAUUCCUUCCAGCGCGUGUCUGCCCUACUGGGCGGUGAUGGGUUCAGCUCGGUUACUGGCCUAAUUGACCUAGCCAAAUGGACUUGCUUCGGUCUAUAUUUUGUCCUGGAGGAUUUGACUAUCCUUCAUGCAAUGGGUGUAUACGCGGUCCCUUGGAAUGAUCGUGUCAUGGACCAGGCCAACACCUUCUGGCUUUACGCUCUGUCUUUCUCCGUGGCCGGGUCUAUCUGGGCGCUUCUUUUCAGCAGCACUAAACAGCCAGCCCAGGCAGACACGAAGAACGAAAAAGCUCAGAAGGUCACUCCCGUCCAAGCCACUGCUGCCUCCACUCUUGUUAAGCGGGUGAUGGUCGAUGGAUGCGAUCUGCUUAUUCCAUUGGAGCUCCUAGGAUGGUGGCCCACUGGGGAUGUGGUAAUUGGAUCGACCAUGGUGCUGAGCACGCUACUCACUGCUCAAGAUAUCUGGGCGAAGGUGGCAUAG